AUGCAGAGCGCUGGCAAAUCGGCUGAAGAGACGCGCUUGCUGACGUCAACAUUACUGGACUUUUUAGCCUUCUGUAAAGACAAGCAGGUACCUGUGGUUGUUGCUGCAGGCAACCAACCAGCCGCACGCUUUGUGCAUGACAGUUACCCGCAAACACUCUCGGCGGCGAAUGAUGUCAUGGUUCUUGUUGGCGGAGUGACCCCAACUGGUGUCGUGUGGGACAAAACCGUAUUGGAUCCCAACAAUCAGAUCUCCGUUUUUGCGCCCGCCGAGGACGUCGUGGUCCCGAAGUCAGGUGGUGCGACCCCGGAUGUCGGCGAGAGAAGUGGCACAAGCCAUGCAGCCGCGAUUGUGUCAGGACUCACUGCGUAUUUAUAUGGCCUACGGAAUUGGCAGCAGACAUCUUACGUCAAGGUCACACCCAUGAAACAGAUACUGAGAGACCAUGCAUGGUUGCGAAACAAUGCUCUCGCGUUCGCGGGGUGGGGACCAGCAAACGUGGUGUAUAAUCUAGCAAGAGGUGAUUCGCUUCACAAUGACGGAUGCAUCUUCACUCCUCCUGAUCCCUUCCCAACAAGUGGUACUCCUUCCGCAACUGGAGGCUCUUCCGCUAGCAGCAAUUCCUCUUUCAUGAAGACAGACACCACUUCUACGAAGAGCUCAUCCCAGCUAUCCACCACAUCGCUUGCAUCGGGAAGUUCGUCUGCCACACCAUCCUUUCAAACUUCAGCAACGCCGCCACUCACGCCAACUCCGACCGCCACGGCCGAUACCAACUGCGCUAUGUGUCGAAGUACGCUUGGUAAAUGUUUCGAAGACUGUGACCCGUCCGAUGACGUGUGUCUCGAAAUAUGCAGCUGUUUCAGACAACAAUUAGACGAGAAUUGCAAGCUUUGCACUGAAAUCACGACCUGCUCUCCGAAGCCGACAUCCACGGCGGCGUCUACGCCUAAGCCUACGCCCCUUACCCCUGAAGAGGUUGAGGCAUCUUGUGAUCGCUGCGUGGGUGCCGUGGCGGUAUGUAUCAAUGGCUGUGGAACUUCUCGAAAUCUCUGCUCAAAAAACUGUAAGUGCAAUGAAAGCAAGAACAACCCCGACUGUUAUAAUGGCGGGGGUUGCGGCUACGGAUGUGACGACUAA